AUGAGCAGUACAAAGUCUACAGUCAAAUAUCGAGUGGGAAUUGUAACAUGCUAUCAACAUGCCAAUCUUGCCUCUGAUGAUUUGGCAUUAACCGAUGCUUUUAAAAAGAAAAAUAUUUAUAGCAUCAAGGUUUGUGUUUGGAAUAAUCCAGAUGUAAAUUGGGAAGAAUUCCAUUGUUUGGUUUUUAGAUCAGUUUGGGAUUAUGUUGAACACUAUGAUUCAUUUAUGGAAUGGUUGGCAAAAAUUAAAAAAUCAAAAAUCUAUUGUCUCAAUGCUCCAGAUAUCAUCAAAUGGAAUACACACAAAAGAUAUCUUUGUGAUUUGCAUUCUAAAAAGAUUAAUACCAUUCCAACUCUCUAUGUUAAUUCAACUACAAGCAAGUGUAUUCAUGGUAUUGAUAAUUAUGCUGCACACAAGAGUUGUCCAAAAACUCAUUGUACCCAUUCUAAAUCGUCCAACAAUCAAUUACCAUCAAGGCUUUUGGUAGAUCUUGUUGAAAGUGGUGUCAAUGAACACAAUAUCUUUGAAAAGGAGGAAAGAGAGUUUGUUUUCAAACCAUGUGUCGGCGCCAAUAGUUAUGGAGCUUUUAGAUUCUCACUCGAUGACUGGCAAUCACACCAAACUCAAUUUGAACAACUAAGUUCAGAGUCUGACAUGAUGAUCCAACCAUUUGCACCAUCCAUCAUGACAGAGGGAGAGUUAUCAUUUAUCUUUUUCAAUUGUCAAUUCUCUCAUUCCAUCAACAAAAGAACUGCUCGUGGUGAAUUUAGAGUUCAACCAGAAUUUGGAGGAACUACAAGAGAAUUAAAAGCAACCUUUGAUCAAAUAUUACAAGCUCAAAAAGCAAUCAAUGUUAUCAAAAAACAAUUCAAUUCUCAUUUCCUUUAUGCUAGAAUUGAUAUGAUUUUAUAUAAAGAUAAAUUAUGUAUUGGUGAAACAGAAUUAUUUGAACCAACUUUGUACUUUGAAAACGAUGAAAGUUUAACCAGUAAAUUUGUAGAUGUAAUCACACUUUUCAUGGAUCAGAGAUUUCUUCAAUCACCAGGUCGUUUUAUUCAACCUCAAUCACCAUCGACCCCUUGUUCUGGAAAUACAACACCUUCCUAUGAAGAAAACUCUCGAUUCUUACCAUCUUCUCCCAAUAUUUCAUCAGAGUUUAAGAGAAACAUUGCUAAAUUUAGACCACCUACCAUUGCUGUACCUCACAAUCAACAUGAGAAUUGUGAUCCAAUUAAAUUAUGUUCCACACCACCAAGUAAUCAUUCUCCUAAAAAAAGAUUAAGUCAAUACGUCUUGACAGAUUCUACUCCACCAUCACCUGGUUCUUCUGUAGGUAGUAACAGUAACUAUAUAUUUUGGAGUCAAUCACCUUUGACUUCACCAAAAUAA